AUGCCUCCAUCGCCACCAACAACAACACAACAACAACAACAACAACAACAACAACAACAACAACAACAACACAAUAAUACGCGCGUGGGCCUGGACACCGCCUCGGACCUCGAAAGCCACGGCGAUUUACAAGCGUUCAUUGCGUUUCUGCAGCACCGCUCUCCACAUGGCUUUGCCGCCGUGCAUGCAUUCUUGCUGGCGGCCCACAUUCGCCAUUUGCUCGAGCAGCGCCUCUGGACCGGCUCCACAGACUGGCUUUUACAGCUUCGCAAGUGUUGUCUGGCAGCAUUUCGUUUUCAAGAGGGCCAAUUGCGUGACAUGCUGGAUGCCGCGGCCCCCUUACUGCUGCUCAACAUCAAGACAUACUGGCUACCCCACUAUAUUAUUGAUCGAUCCUGUCAGGAACGCACCUCGCAAGCAGAUGACGAGGAUUUUCUUUUUGACGAGGAACCUCGCUUUGCGAGCCCCACGGCGCGGAGUACGCGCAAGGCGUCUGCGGCCACGAUCGUGCGGCGACGUGCCCGUACGGCGAGCGUGCGGGAUCGUCUGCGUUCAGCCCGAGGCGCCCGUGGUCCCAUGGGCUAUAACGACACGCAACAGGCUUUCUUACCCACCAUGAGUCACAGCGAUAUCUUGUCGGAGCAUAUCAACGAUGCCCUUCACCGCAUGACAUUGCAAGAGGACCAACCAACCUCAUUUUCCUGGCUCCCUCCUGUUGCCCACGUCAAACCCACUCAUCCCAACGGCCGCCAUCAUGUUGGAGCACAUCAAGCCAGUCAUGGCACGUCCCAUCUCAAACUACCCUCGGCGCACGAGCGACGACACAAGCAACCAACAAGCAAAUCAGCCUCUCACAGCCGGCAACACCGGGCCAAGAGCAAGCAUGCACCAGCUCGUCGGGACGGCCAACCGUCAGCUCGAAAGCAACCCAGCUCACAAGCUACACGGGCGGCGCCGUCCAACACAGCGACCGUUCCAGCGCAGUCGUCUGAAGGAGCCAGCCGCACCUUCCUGGAGCGCCUUGAUUUGAAAGAGUCCAGUCCCGAAAUGGACCAGCUGCUUCGUCGUCGUAAUAUUUAUCGCGCAGUCAUUGCCGAUGAAGCUGCCGGGGGCCCUUGGGCGGCAUGGACCGUCUCGGCUAGUGCGCUGGGAACACAGCCGGAACGAGAGCGGUUCUCCGCGAUGCUUGAGGCUUGUCGGCGCUGCAAUGCAGCCCUUGUCCUCUAUCCGCGCUGCGCACAUGAAAUCUGGACCCUUGUGGAGCACGGCUUUCGCAAUCGGGUGCCUCUGCUUGAGCUUUGCGUGUCCCCCACCUUCCAAGCACUGGUUGCUGAGCACAACGCCUUGGAUCAGGCCUUGGCCGCGGCAGAAACCAGGAUAGCUCGGCGUGAGCUGGAGGAUCUCUUGAUCCUCACGCUUGAUGCGCUUGAUCCCUGCCUCGCCUUGUACCACGCUGAAAUGCAUCAAGCCAAGGCCAAGCACUUCGCGCUAGACGCCGAGGCACUCGCCCGUCAACAUGCGAUGCGUCGUGCCGUUGGCGGCACGGACCAAGCAGCAGCCGCUCUUGAGGAGAUGAUUCAGGCCCAGGUCACGGCGAAGAUUGCCGACGACCUUGUGACUGAGAUUGUUCAACAGAGCAUGCCAGAAAUAUCGCAAGAGGUCACGGAUGGCUACUGGGCUGGUCUGUAUGAGACCGGGCCGUCCGUGUUUCGAUUGCAGCAAACUGCCAAUCUUUUCCUCAACGGUCGCGAGCACAUGGUCCCGCAGUUUCUGGACUUUUUGCGUACCAACAAUGCAAUGGAUGAUUUGCUAGUUUGGACGCAAGUGGAGGACUUUCUACUGAUGGACGAGGAAUCGCCGCUCAUUCGAAACGUUGUGGCUGCGAGAGCCAACCCCGAGGCGCUGAUCCAAAAGCAUCGCGGGCGCUUGGCUCGGGGACUUUUUCGGAUGUACCAUGACGCAGGUCUGGUCGGCGGCUCCACGGAGGAUGCUACACCCACGUCGCGGCCAUCCACCCCGGAAUUGGAGGAGGCUCAGGUUGCAGCGGAGGUGCGGUUGGCGGAUACGCAUUUGCCCAUGUUCAAUCAGUACAUGACCAAAAUGGCCAAGCGCCAAUCCGAAGCACGCAUCAAGGGCUUGGCUAACAAGGACGUCCGUUUCGAGCAGCUCGUCGCCAUGGCUGCCUCUUUCGCCGAUGACCAGCGCUUGAGUGAGUUUGUACAGUUGGUUCUGGGAUUGGACGGAGACGAGCAGCGGCUCAACUACAUGGACUGGCUCCGUGAGCGUGACAUUCAAGGAGUGAUGGAGCUGGAGUUUUGGCUCGAGGUGCAGCGCUACAAGCUCAUGUGCCAUCGUCAAGCCAACAUGGCGCUACUGCGUCAAAAGGCGCAAGCCAUUGUCGAUUGCUUUCUCAAGUCGAGUGCUUCGCCAUCCCUGCUGACGCGCUUGCCUCCAGAAAUCAUGGUCGCCAUCUCCAACCGCUCGCAGCGCAUUCAGACACCGCAAGCUUUCUUGUUUUACAAGGCAGAGCGGCGGCUUUUGCCAUCACUGCUAGCCACAUACGAGACCUAUCGGGCACGAUUGGCCAUGCAACAAAACUCCAACGCAGCGCGGGCGGGGCGCGUGGUUUUUGCCGAGACCGACACGCUGCGUACACUGACGGCGGGCGAAACAUUCUCCAAAGGAGCCGAAUAUGUGUGUGUGUGGAAGGGGGGUGGCCUUGUUGGACUUUGCCCAUGCAUUGUGUCUCUCUUUGAUAAACGUCUCUCUGUCUCUCUGUCUCUCUCUCUCUGUCUCUCUCUCUGUCUCUCUCUCUCUCUCUCUCUGUCUCUCUCUCUGUCUCUCUCUCUCUCUCUCUCUCUCUCUCUCUCUCUCUCUCUCUCUCUCUCUCUCUCUCUCUCUCUCUCUCUCUCUCUCUCUCUCUCUCUCUCUGUCGGCUGUGACACUUCACUGAGUGGUCGUCCCAACCAGUUUUUGACGAGUGUUGGUGGUCUUGGCGGUCGCGACGGUCGCGACGGCAGCGGGGUUGAGUUGGAUGAAGAAGAGCACCUGACGGGCUUAGGAUACCGACAUCAUGGCGGUUCCGACCGAAACACGCAAAAAGAUGCUUCAGACAAUUACGAAAAGCACCAAAUGAAUACCAACUCAACCAUACGUAAGUCGCGAAGCCUCUUGGCAAGCUUUGAUUGCACUCCCAUCGUGCCGCCCUUUGAGUUUGUUGUUCAUAACAAGAGAAUGUCUUCACAAACCCUAGCCACCAACCCUGGACCUGCCGGAGUUCCGGGCGCCGGAGCUUCAACUGGUGUGCCGCAAUGGCAACUGUCCGGAGGAGCAUAUCCGAUUGGAAGUCAAGGACCAGUCACCUCGCUACCAACUCAGACGAGCCAUGGUGCCAACGGGUCGACCAUGGUGAACCCUUCGCAGAUCCAGUCGCAUGUUGGGUCUGCGCAAAACCUAACAUCGCAACAUCUUUUGAUGCGCCAGAGGCAGCAGCAGCAGCAACAACAACAACAACAGCAGCAGCAGCAGCAGGUCUUAGCCGCUCGAAAUGGUGUAGCACAACAGAUGCCACAACAGUAUUAUGCCACAUCAAGUGCACAGACUCAGGGCCAGCCAGUACCACGCCAGCCCGGCAUGCAUUUGCCCACGCAGCAAGGAGCGGCACCCGCCCGCGUCUCACAUGCCCCCGUGCAGCCCAUUGUGCCUCAACAACAAUAUUCAUCCCCUGCAACAAGCCUCCCUGGUGUUUCGGCGUCAUAUCCAUCGGCACCUUCCCAGGUCGGAGUCACGCCAGUGGUGCCUAGCGGCCAAUCGACCAACGUGAGCUUUGUGCCAUCAGUGACCCCUUCCGCUGAGGCCGUUUUGAAGAAGUAUCAACACAUUUUCGCCCGUCUUAAGGAUCACGCAAAGAUGAAGCAUAUGCAACAACUGCUGGUCUCGGCACUGCAGCCUAGCACAAACCGUCUUACUAAACCAGUUCUUCUUUCACUCUGUGGGCAACUCGACUCCGUAUCUGCGCGAUUGCAUCACAUAGAUAUUACUCAACAACAAAAACAAGCCCAGCAGCAGGCCCAGCAGCAGGCCCAGCAGCAGGCCCAACAGCAGGCCCAGCAGCAGGCACAACAGCAGGCACAACAGCAGGCACAACAGCGACAGCUUCAAUUGCAGGAGCAACAAGCGCAGCGCCAUCGACAACUUCAGCUGCAGGAACAACAACAACAACAAUUGAAAAUGCAACGUUUGCAAGAAGAAGAAAAGGCAGCCAAGUUGCGUGCCCAACAACAACAACAGCAGCAGCAGCAACAAGAGCAGCUACGGCGGCAACAAGCCGCCCAAGCUCAACAACAAGCUCACAUGAUGCAGCAGCAACAACAACAACAACAGCAGCAGCAACAGCAGCAUAUUCCACAGCAAUAUCAACAAAUGCCUGCAUCAGUUACCCCUCCCACCAUGCCUGCUGUUGUGGGUCAACCACAGCAUGGCCAAGCACAGGGGCCCGUGCCAACCGCUACUUCUGUAACUCCAGGGGCAAGUCAGGCCAAUACCCAGGCUGCUUUCAAUCUUGCUCCCAUGAUCGAGUCCAGUGAACCACAUAACAAGCGAGCAAAGCUGUUGACCAACAAGCCCGAGCUCUUGAUACCCUCUGGGCCUGGCACCCCGUCGACGUCCCUGUCCAACCCACCCUCCGUGCCCCCGGGCCACACCAUGGAUUUGGCUGGGGAAAUGGUAACUGGAGACCCUUUUGAUUACGAUGACCUCCCUGUUCUUGAGCUGGAUUUAGCCAUCGCUGAUCAAGCGUUGGCGCAAACUUCAAGUCAGUCAAAUGCCGUCCUGCCCACGUUUGUUGAUCUUCAAAAGAAGUUGAUGGAGCUGACGGGCUGGAAGCAGCAUCAGACAGAUCCGGGCAAUGGCAUGCAGUUGUGGACAAGGGAGGGACACCCGGUGCCGUUGGUGGUUGAUAAUCACGACCAGCUUGUUGAUCAACCCACGUAUCUGCAAGUUCUGCAAGCUGUCCAAAUUCCCGUAGAUGCUGAGCUUUUGAGCCGGCUUUUGGAUGGCAUUCGAGCGUUCAAGCCACAUUCGUUACGAAAUACAUCCCACCUCUGGGUAAGUCUUGUUUCUCUCUCUCUCUCUCUCUCUCUCUCUCUCUCUCUCUCUCUCUCUCUCUCUCUCUUUAUCUCUCUUUUGGCGCUUACAUCAAAGCUAAAAUUCGUCGUUGGCGGGAACUUCAGGAUGCCCUCUACGCCCACUUGUCCAGCUAGCCCCCAAUGGCCGCCAACUUGGGAGUAA